AAACUCGUCAAAGUGACAAAUGUUAUCAAAAUAAAGAUUUGAUUUUCUCCAACUUGCGUGUAAAUGUUGUCAAUGUGAACGUACUAAAUCUCAAUUUUGAAGUGGAACCAUCUGUGAUAUAUAUUCAUUUUCUUAUGAAAGCAGUUAAUAAUGAGAUUGAAACGUACUGUGGCUACUGUAGCUACCCUUGCAAUAAUAACGAUAUGUUUUGGUAUAUAUUUAACGAUGGAUUUGGCGAUUUUUCCCAAUCGCAAAACUUCCAUCCAACAGGAAUUCCAAGAUAACAAGUGGUUACAUUUUGAAGGAAGACUGAAGCAGUUGGAGAAAGACUUAAAUAAAAAUCAUGAUGCAGUUGGUGAAAUCAAACAAGCAAUAAGACACAUACUUCCCAGUUCUACUGAGAAUUCUAACAAGAUUGUGAAAACUAUAGAGGAACCAAUGGGAAUGCCUGCACCUAUAUCUGAAAUGAUAUUUGAUUCUUCUUGUCCCAUUAAAGUGACUUAUCCUCCAAGGAAUGAUAUACAGAUGUUGGAAAUGUACAAAGAUAUGAAAUUUGAUAAUCCUGAUGGAGGGGUAUGGAAACAAGGCUGGAAUAUUAACAUCAAUGAAAAUAUGUGGAAUAAGCACCAUAAAUUGAAGGUCUUUGUAGUUCCACAUUCACAUAAUGAUCCUGGUUGGAUAAAAACGUUUGAAGAAUAUUAUGAUUCCCAAACUAGGAAUAUACUUAAUAAUAUGGUGGAUAAGUUGCCAGAAGACCCAAGACGUAAAUUUAUUUGGGCAGAAAUUUCGUACUUUUCAAUGUGGUGGAAAGAUUUGCCAGCUCACAAGAGAGAUGUGGUGAAAAAAUUAAUUAAGAGCAAUCAAUUGGAAAUUGUAACAGGUGGUUGGGUUAUGAAUGACGAGGCAAAUUCGCAUUGGAUAUCAAUUGCCAACCAAUUGUAUGAGGGUCACCAGUGGUUGCACAUGAACUUAAAUUAUACUCCAGUCAGCAGUUGGUCCAUUGAUCCAUUUGGAAUGAGCGCAACUCAGCCAGUUUUAUUGAAGGAGAUAGGAUUGAAAAACAUGCUUAUUCAAAGGGUCCAUUACUCGGUUAAGAAGCAACUGGCGAGUCAAAAGGAUCUCGAGUUUAAAUGGAGACAACUUUGGGAUGGUACCGGCGAAACGGAGAUUUUUACACACAUGAUGCCUUUCUAUUCUUACGAUAUACCUCACACUUGCGGGCCUGAUCCGAAAAUUUGUUGUCAGUUCGAUUUUCGAAGAUUGCCGAACCACGGACUGAACUGCCCUUGGCGUAUUCGACCUCAGCCUAUCACGGAUGCAAAUGUCCAAGAAAGAUCAAUAACGCUGUUAGAUCAAUAUCGGAAGAAAUCGCAGCUCUACAAAACGAACGUAGUUUUAGCACCUUUGGGUGACGACUUUCGAUAUGACCAUUCGGUCGAGUGGGAUGUACAAUAUAAUAACUAUCAAAAGUUAUUCGAUUACAUGAAUUCCAAUAGAAAUUUGCACGUUCAGGCACAAUUCGGUACUUUAACCGAUUAUUUUAAUGCCGUUAAAGCUGAGAAAAAACUUUCGGAGUUUUCUUCAUUAUCUGGUGAUUUCUUUACAUAUGCGGAUAGGGAUGAUCAUUAUUGGAGUGGAUAUUAUACCUCCAGACCGUUUUACAAACGUAUGGAUAGAAUUUUGUUAUAUUACAUUAGAUCAGCAGAAAUUUUAUUGUCGUUGGCACAUAUUAGCGGAAAACCAGGUUCUAAAUGGAUUGCUCAUAAAGAAAAUGGAUUAGAUACAAUCAUGACAGAAGCAAGGCAAGCUUUAGCGUUAUUCCAACAUCACGAUGGUGUGACGGGAACCGCGAAGGAUGCGGUCGUUAACGAUUACGGACAAAAGAUGUUGGAUGCUAUCUUGAAAUGUCAAAAUGUGGUGCAGAGAUGCACUAAUUUACUGCUGGAUGGACUUGGUGCCGAUAAUCAGGCAUCCGAGACGAUUUUCUACAAUGUAGAUGAUUUGAGGCAGAAGCAGGAUUCUCUUCCAGAACAGUACACAAUCACAAUUGGAUCGGAAGUGAGCGUUAAGAAAGUCGUGAUUUACAAUGCGCUAACAUUCAACAGACACGAAACCGUCAGCUUUUUAGUUUCCACGCCGUUCGUUGAAGUAUUAGGCUACAACGAUAAAAGGAUCCCAUGUCAAAUUGCUCCGAUAUUCGAACAUUUGGCUUCAAUGUCGCAGUCCAAGUAUAAGGUUUCUUUUGUAGUAAACAUUCCAGCGCUCAGUUUGGUGCGAUACAUAAUUAACGCGAUCAACGAAAACGAAAUGCCAAUGGAGUCCUCUCUCAGCACCGUUCAAAUUUACAACUUGCAAGCAGACGUCGAAGCGCCUAAAGGCUUCGAAAACGUGGACAUUUCCCUUAGUCCAAGCGAAUUCACUAUACAGAAUGCAAGAGUAACAGCGUCUUUCAGCGAAAUGGGUUUGCUGAAAGCCAUGCGUAUAGGCCACCAAACGUACCCCGUCCAUUUAGAUUUUGCAAAAUACGGAGUGCAGCAGCAGGCGGAAAGAAGCGGUGCUUACUUGUUCCUGCCCAACGGUCAGGCCACGCCUCUAGCCGCUUCGAAUACUGUCGUCAAAGUGAUUACUGGUCCAAUAUACUCGUCGGUUUCCGUUAAAAUUCCCUACGUACAACACACAGUCACAUUAUUCAACACUACUGGCGCCGAUAGCUUAGGUUUAGAAAUUGAAAACAUUGUGGAUAUUAAGGAAACUAAUAAUUUCGAGUUAGUGAUGCGUUUCUCGACAAAAAUCAACAGCACUAAUGAAUAUUUCACUGAUCUUAAUGGAUAUCAGGUUCUGAGGAGAAAACGUUUCAAGAAGUUACCGUUACAAGCGAAUUAUUACCCAAUUCCCACCGGUGCUUACAUCGAAGAUUCCGAUACGCGUUUAACCCUGCUUACGGGCAGCCCAGGGGGAGGAGCUUCUCUGCGUUCGGGUGAAAUCGAAGUGAUGCUUGAUAGGAGAUUAAUGCAGGAUGACAACCGUGGUUUAGGACAAGGAGUGGUUGAUAACAGACCUACUCGGAAUAUUUUCAGACUUCUUUUGGAGAGGAAAACACACAAAUGCCAAACAACUUCAGAUAACCAUCCUUCCGGUUUCCACACCAUUUCCGCACACGUUGCCUUAGAAACAAUGAUGAAUCCGCUUAUGAGAAUGCUGAGAACCGAUGACAAUGAUGUUACAUCACAAACUGGCUAUACGCCUAUAACGACGGAAUUUGGUGUUGAUAUGGGAUUAAGCAGUUUAAAAACAGGAGUUAUAUUGGAUAAUAAAGAAUAUUUAGGAAUGAUCCUGCACAGGAAGUAUUUGGAUAUUUGCUUUAGUGAUAGAGUUUUAUUGAAGCAAUUUCCAUUGAGCGAUGGAACUGUGAAUAUUAGUGGUAUUUUGCCGCCAUCGGUAGCGAAUUCCAAGAUUAACAGAGCCCCAUUGACAUUCUUGAGUAUACAAGAAUCAGUAGAUGUGCAAAAGAAAAUUCCCAUUUGCCCUAUGGACACUAAAGCUUUCUUGUUGCAUAGAUAAAUAAUCAGUUUCAGCAAUUUCCUAUUUAUUAAUAAUAAAGUGAAU